AUGCUGUCCAAUCGUCUCCACCUGAUGUUUUGCGCAACCUUCAUGCUUGGGGCUUUUGUUCUCCAUGCCAACGCCAUGAAAUGCUAUUCCUGCGUGUGGGCCACUAAGCCUGAAUACAUCGCUGACAUCGCCAAAACCCAGCCCGGAGAGAAAAUGCCCGCUUUUACGACCUCCUGUGAGAAGCCAACUUCGGAGACGCCAACCUGUGACGGUGCACCGGCCUGUAUAUCGCUGAGCCAGGCUGGAAAUAAAACCGUACGAUUUUGCGCCACCGCCAAGCAAGCGACCGAUCUGGGAAUUACCGCCGAUAAAACCUCAACCAAGCCGUGCGGCGACGCGUUAGAGAUGAGGAUGUGCUUCUGCAACACGGACCUUUGCAACAAGGAA